AUGACGAAAAUGCAAAUCAAAACCAAACUCGCUCAAGUUAGGGAGACUAUAAUUAUGAAAAUAAACCACAACUCUGAUGAAGAAUUGUCAUUAAAAACGGUCCAUAGAGUUUCCAAUGGGACUGGAGCCCGGUGCUGCAACUGUGGGAAUGGGCACGAAAAUCCUCCAGGAGCAUUCUUCACAGAACCAGUAAGUAAAGAUUUGAAAAUAUUAAUCGGAUUUGAAAUAAACAAUGGAGUUGUGAAAUAUCACAAGCAUAAAACUGCUGUGGAGAAGUACAUGGACCAUACAGUAAAUGCUCUGAUGCUGAUGGCAGUGAGAUUACAUGGAAAGUUUGUACGGAUACAUCAUGUGUUGAAUGCAGAGUGUUUACAGAACACCUCAUUAGAAUGGUAUGCAGAUCAAGGAUUUGGCAUGGCCAUGAAUGAUGAGCAUUACAAUUUAUACAAUGCUGUAUAUGCUUGGGCAUAUGCCCUCCAUGGAAUAUUAAUUCAGCAGUUUCCCUCAUCUGUGUUCAGUGAGACUUGCAGGCCUGGUUUCAGGAAGUUCCCACAGGAAGGAAAGGCAGCCUGCUGUUUUGAUUGUUUCCCCUGCCCAGUAAAUGAGAUUUCUAACAAAACAAAUAUGGAUCCAUGUGUAAAGCACCCAACCGAUCAGUACGCCAACAUAGAGCCUCACUGUCUCCAAAAGACUGUGACAUUUGUAUCUUAUGAAGACCCCUUGGGGAUGGCUCUGGCUUGCUUGGCCCUGUGCUUCUCUGCACUCACUGCUCUUGUUUUGGGGGUUUUUGUGAAGCAUCAAGACACACCGAUUGUGAAGGCCAAUAAUCGAGCAAACAGCUACAUCCUGCUCAUCUCCCUCGAGUUUUGUUUUCUCUGUUCAUUGCUCUUCAUUGGACAUCCCAACACAGCCAAGUGCAUCCUGCAGCAGAUCACAUUUUCAGUUCUGUUCACUGUGGCUGUGUCCACUAUCUUGGCCAAAACACUUACUGUCGUUCUGGCCUUCAAGGUCACUGCUCCAGGAAGAAAGAUGAGGCAGUUGCUGGUAUCAGGAGCACCUAACUGCAUCAUUCCCAUCUGUACCUUGAUCCAACUUGUUCUCUGUGGAAUCUGGCUGGGAACAUCCCCUCCCUUUGUGGACACUGAUGCACACUCGGAACAUGGCCACAUCAUCAUUGUGUGUGAUAAAGGCUCAGUCACUGCUUUUUACUGUGUCCUGGGAAACCUCAGAUCUCUGGCUGUAGGGAGCGUCACUGUGGCUUUCCUGGCCAGAAACCUGCCUGACACAUUCAAUGAAGCCAAGUUCCUGACCUUCAGCAUGCUGGUGUUCUGCAGUGUGUGGCUCACCUUCCUCCCUGUCUACCAUAGCACCGAGGGGAAGGCCAUGGUGGUAGUGGAGGUCUUCUCUAUCUUGUUCUCCAGUGUGGGAUUGCUAGGUUGCAUUUUUUUUCCAAAGUGCUACAUCAUUUUAUUAAGACUCAGUAGAAAUUGUCUUCAGAUCAUCAAGAAAAAACAUAUUAUUCAACCAAUGGAUUUUUACAUUUUAACUCAUAUGUAUUUAUUAUUUAAUGUACAUUCCUGA